AUGCCGCGCUUUCUGAUUGUGGUAGCACUGACCCUACCUGUGUCUGGAAGGGGACAUUGCACGUUGGACGGCAAGGCAUCGCACCACGACCUGGGCACUGAGGCCGUGCAGGCGAUGAGCAAGUCUGCUGCCCAGCCUUCUUGGCAAGAGUCUCUCUUCCUUAGCAUCCCAUCGAACUCUUCAGCUCGGGCGUCUCUGGAAUACAUAACCAGCAAACCACAUGUUGCCGGAACGGUCGGCGACCUGCACAUGGCCGAGUAUGUGCGAGAUUCUUUUCGGAGGGAGGGGAUCACUGCAGAGCUCGAUCCGCAGAAGGUGCUUCUCACGUAUCCAAUCCGAAGUGCUCUUCAGCUUGUAGACAGCACCGGACGCGUGGUGUCUGCAGCCAAGCUGGCCGAGGAUGUGCUGCAGGAGGACAAUACUUCCGACACAUGGUGGAGAAACCACACGUUCAAUGCUUUCUCGCCCUCUGGGGACGUGACCGCUCCAGUGGUGUACGCCAACUUCGGCCUUCCAGAAGAUUUUGCUGCUUUGAAAGCUGCUGGUGUUGACGUCCGUGGGACAAUUGCAUUGAUGCGUUACGGCAAAUGCUUCCGUGGCCUAAAGGCAAUGAACGCGCAGAAGGCCGGUGCCCUCGCGGCCGCCAUCUACUCGGACCCUGAGCAGGACGGCUAUGCCCAAGGCAGUGUGUAUCCUUACGGGCCAUGGAGGCCCGAGAGCAGCGUGCAGCGAGGAUCAAUACAGUUCAUUUCCCUGUGUGCCGGAGAUCCAACUCGAGCAUAUGCCCCUCACGGCAAAAGCGUGGAGGAACUGUGUGGUUACAGUCGGGAAGAGCUCAUUCCCCAGAUUCCCGUCCUGCCCAUCUCCUAUGGGGAUGCGGCCAUUUUCCUGGACUCCCUGGGUGGCAAGGAGGCACCGGCCUCCUUUAAAGGCGCGCUCAACAUCACUUAUCGCACGGGUCCGACACAGAUGCAGUACAAAGUGAGGAUGCAGGUGGACAAUCACUUCCAGUCUUCACCUGUUUGGAAUGUCGUUGGGAAGAUUCCGGGGACGUUGCCAGCUGACCUUGAUCAACCAGUCCUUUUGGGAAACCACCGCGAUGCUUGGGUGUAUGGAGCUGCAGAUCCAAACAGUGGAACUGCACAGUUGCUGGAGGUCGCCAAAGGUUUGGGCGAACUGCUGCGCCGUGGAUGGCGGCCUCUACGCAGCAUCUACCUGUGCUCUUGGAGCGGGGAGGAGUAUGGGCUGUUGGGCUCAACUGCAUGGGGCGAGGUGAACGGAGACGGUCCCGGUGCCUUGCUGAAACGCGCAUUGGCUUACCUGAACGUCGAUGUUGGCGUCUCAGGGGCCCACUUCCGAGCUGCAGGAACCCCGUCCCUCGCACAGCUGCUCUCUGGCGUGUUAGGACAAGUCCACCACCCUGCCUCUCAGAAACCUCUCUCCGAGCAUUGGUCUGGCAGAUUGUACUCCCUCGGUUCAGGUUCGGACUAUACCGUUUUCAUUGACCGCUUGGGCAUACCCUCGCUUGACAUGUCCUUCACGCCAGGGGAAGCCCAUUAUGGAGUCUACCACUCGGUGUACGACUCCUUUAACUGGAUGGCAACAGAGGGUGAUCCAAACUUCACGUACCACGUGGCCAUGUCACAGGUUUGGGGGCUGACUGCCCUUCGCCUUGCCGGCUCUGACGACCGCGGGAACCUGCCGCUGCCCUUGAACCUGUCAAUUCAAGCUCAGGCCAUCAGCUCUUACAUAGCGGAGGCCAAGCAGACUCUGAAUCACACGGCACCGGAACGAGUGCUGCGCUUCGAGCCCCUCGAGCAAGCCACUGCAGCCUUCCUUCAGGCUGCGGAUAAGUCUUCAGAAGAGGCCGAUCGCCUGCGGAAGCUUGGCCCUCCAGCUUUCGAUGAGAUCGUAGCCUUUAACAACAAGAUCGGCCUUCUGGAGCGUAGUUUCUUGAUGGAGUCCGGGUUGCCCGGCCGAAAGUGGUUCCGGCAUUGCCUGCAAGCCCCAGGUUUAUACACCGGCUACGCAGCCAAGACUCUCCCAGGCAUCACAGAGGCAAUCUCUGCCAAAGACUGGCAGCUAGCCCAGGCCCAGAUUCAGGCUUGCGCAGAACGGAUCUGGUCUGCAGCCUCUGCCUUAAGCGAUGUGGGCCUCGUCAUCGCUGUGUGA